AUGGAAGUAUCUACCGUCCCUGAAGUGGGGUCAUUAGAAAUCGAGUCUCGAUCGGUUGACAUUGAAUUAGCCGUUAAUAAGGCAAGUGAUGCUAUGAAACCUCUUGAAAUAAUAGCGAUGUCGAUCUUGACCCAAGACUCCUUUUCGAAUUAG